AUGUCCUCAUCUACCAAAACCGGAAUUCCAUAUUCCAUCGUGUCUGGGAGCAAGCCAUCCACCACAGAUCUGAAUGAUCAGCACAAGCGCAAUGGAUAUGAUCUACCACCAUAUCAAGACAAGGAGAAGGAGAUUGUUGAUGAAGAUGGUGAUAGUGACUCCAUUGCUCAACACGAAUCCAGUGAGCUUCUGGAACAAGGUGGUCAUAGAAAAAGACCCAUCACUAUUAUCUCCGCAUGGCGGACUCUUCUCUUUGCACCAAGCACUUACCUUAUUAUGAGUGGCAUACUAUCCGCUUUCUUGCUACUGUUUAUGCUUAUCGCUCUGGGAGUCGUCUUUCUUUUGUCAAGGAAUCUGGAACACACUCAUGGGGGAAUUCGGAAUGAUGCUGAGGUCCCCGGUUUGGAUUGGAUCUCUUGGGUGAGUGGCUUUGACCUUAUUGCCUGGUGUUGA